AUGUUUCGUCGCCGUGCUUCAAGACGCUUACCAUCACGCGUCGUGCUAAUCGCCGCUUUCCUCACAGCACUCUUUCUAUGGCGUCAGUUAUCGCAUCAAAGCGGUGUGGUGUUUGUAAAGAGUUCUUUUGACUGGUCGACCGUUGGGCUUGUUCAUCCGCCGGCGGAUAUCAAGCCUUUACCCAUUGGUCAAGCAAAGCGUAUGCCGAAAAUUCAAGCUGAGAAGGGAAAGUUUGUGAAGACGGGUGAGAUUGAUAAGAGGAGAGAUGCUGUGCGGAGGGAGUUUAGAAGAGGUUGGGAGGCGUAUAGACUGAAGGCUUGGGGGAGGGAUGAAUUGAUGCCACUGACGGGACAAGCGAAAGAUCCGUUUGGGGGUUGGGCUGCUACGUCGGUUGAUGCGCUCGAUACCCUGUGGAUAAUGGAUCUGAAAGCGGAAUUCAAUGAAGCUGCAAGUGCAGCUGCGGCGAUAGAUUGGGGGAAUACGCACGAGAAAGCAGUGAAUCUCUUCGAAACGACAAUUCGACACCUCGGCGGUCUUUUGAGCUCAUAUGAACUAAGUCGCGAACCAGCAUUGUUACAAAAGGCCACGGAACUUGGGGAAAUGCUAUAUCUCGCCUUUGAUACACCGAAUCGACUACCUGGGUUUUGGCUUAAUUUUGAGGAUGCGUUAAAGGGUAAACAAGUCGCUGGUAUUCACGACCCGUCAGCUUCGCCGAGUUCGUUGGUGAUGGAGUUUACAAAACUCUCACAAUUAACCAACGAUCCCAAAUUCUACGACGCAACAGAUCGAGUAACGCGAUUUUUGCUCAAGAUACAGAAUAGCACUCUUUUACCGGGGAUGUGGCCUAUGUGUCUUGACUUUCAGAAUGAAGCAGUUCACGAUAAUACGUUUUCUCUUGGUGCGUUGGCAGAUUCUCUUUAUGAGUAUUUACCCAAGAUGCAUGCCCUUCUCGGUGGUUUGGACGAGAACUACGAGACCAUGUAUCGCACGGCUGCGGAUGUUAUUAUAAAGCAUUUGGUUUACAGACCUAUGUUGCCGAAACAAGAGGAUGUGCUGUUUUUGGGUGAUGUCAGGGUCGGUGAGAAGAUUGAGUUGAGUACCGAGAGUCAACAUCUUACUUGCUUCGCGGGAGGAAUGUUUGCACUCGGUGGGAGACUAUUCGGUAUUGAAGAACACGUUGAUGUCGGAGAAAGACUUGCGAGGGGAUGUGGUUGGGCGUAUAAGGCUUUUCCAACCGGUAUAAUGCCUGAGAUCUUCGACUUGAUAGCCUGUCCGACCCUCGAACUCUGCGAAUGGAACGAAACACUCUGGAAGCCGCAAAACAAACAAAAACUCCCUCCCGGAUUCCGUCACGCGCGCGAUCCGCGAUAUAUUCUCCGACCAGAAGCAAUCGAGAGUGUUUUUAUAAUGUAUCGGCUUACAGCUGAUCCAGUAUGGCAAGAUAUGGCGUGGGAUAUGUUUCAGGCGAUUGUGAAGUAUACCAGCACUGAGCUUGCGAAUGCGGCUAUUGAUGACGUUACGAGUACGGAGACUUCGAAGACUGAUUCUAUGGAGAGCUUUUGGUUCUCAGAGACGUUGAAGUAUUUUUAUCUGAUCUUUUCAGAGCCGGAUUUGAUCAGUCUGGAUGAGUUUGUACUGAAUACGGAGGCACAUCCUUUUAGAAGGCUUUUGAGUCGGGAUUAA